AUGUCCAAUGGAGAAAUUUCGAAUUUGAAGAGACCUGUCGAUGCUGCGUUCGGUAGCGAAAGAAAUGAACACAAGUCGAAGCAGUCUAGGCGCAAGCGAUCGAAGGCCUCAGGACCUCAGCAGGAUUCUGCUCAAGAACUGAAUUCCAUACCAACAAAGGGCCACACCUCACCAUCACGGAACGGGACUCUAAAGGCUUUGCAGCUGCCAAAUCCCUUGCAGUCACGAUCGCCGGCUGAGAAUGCGCUCAGUGCCACCCAAACUCGGGAAUUGGGAGGGCAGGGCCCACGCCAACAUUCGAAAAAGACAUCACGAAAGCAGAAACGAUCUUUACCUCCAGAAUGGUCAAUUUCGGCUGCUGAGGCAGGGCGAUUCAUAGAUCAUGACCCAAUCCUGAUGCAAAAAGACCGCUAUUUGAUCCUUGCAGUACGAACGCAAGUACUGGUAUAUUCCACCCAAAAUUCUCGCCUUGUGCGAUCUCUCCGGCUUGAUGAGCACGAGAAAAUCACUAGUUAUACAACCUGUGCUACUAAUGAGAAUUGUAUUCUUGUUUCAACAUAUUCUGGUCUGGUGGUGAAAUGGGAUUGGACUACUGGGCAAGAAAUAAAGCAAUGGAGGUCCUCUGCGAAACUGCUUGCCAUAUCAGAGCAGUCCGAAAUUCAGGACGAUACCCUCUACCCAACCAUGUUGUUGAUACAUGAGGUGACAAGCACAACCCGUAGGGUCAGCCUCGCCACACUCCAAGACUCCUCUGUUAAGAUCAUUACUGAUAAAGUUAUAUUGGAGGAGAAUCAACUAACUUCCUGGAUCAGAGUCUUAGACAAGAGGAGAUGUCUGGUUCUCUAUGCCUAUAAUAAGUUAUUCCUUGGUCAAGCAGUUCGGAGACCUGAAGAUCCUGCUAGUGUGUAUACUUGGCGGGAGAUUGCGGUCCCAAGGAGGAUCACUUCUAUCGAUGCAAGGUCUCAUAGCUCGUCUUCCAGCACCAACAAGAAACACUUGGCCAUUGACAUCGUGAUCGGUUGCCAAGAUGGGUCAAUACUCAUAUAUGACGACAUCUUAUUCAAGCUGAUCAACAAGGAAAAGAAUCCAAGAGAAGAGGACAUUGCGUCCCGCCGAUUUCAUUGGCAUAGGAAUGAGGUUUUGACUGUGAAAUGGUCCCUUGAUGGCAACUAUAUCAUUUCUGGCGGCCAUGAAACCGUUAUGGUCAUUUGGCAACUUGAUACUGGACAAAAACAAUUCCUACCUCAUCUCUCUGCAGCCAUACAACACCUUACUGUAUCUGAUACUGGUUCGAGUUAUGCACUUCACCUGGCAGACAAUUCAGUGAUGGUCCUGUCCACAUCUGAAUUAGAGCCGUUUGCAUACGUCAGCAGCUUAAACCUGCAACAGCCUCGCUUGUACGGGAAGAAAACGAGGAGAAUCCAAGCAAUCCUUCACCACACAGACCCUACUUCGUUACUUCUGGCUGUUGCGGCAGAUAUUCCAUCUGGGACCGCAAGUCAGGGAAAGGCUACGUUGUUACAAACGUAUGAUAUUGGAGCCCAACAACAAUCUCAUCGGCAAGCUUUGGUGCGGAACAACAUCACAGCCUUGAAUGUGGACCCCUCCGGUAAGCCGGUCCAAGAACCGGAUGUCACUCAUCUGAAGAUCAGCCACGAUGGAAAAUGGCUUGCCACUGUUGAUGAUUGGGAUCCGCCUGCUGACGAUCUGAAAACCUUAUAUCCAGCUCAUGAUGACCAUACCCCUCAUGCCAAAGAAACCUUUUUAAAGUUCUGGGCGAUGAACACGUCAACUCGUUCGUGGGAGCUUGUCACCAAGAUUGAAUGUCCGCAUUCAACACGAUCGACGGCACCCUGCUCAAUUCUUGACUUGGAAGCCAACCCUCAACGGACAGAGUUCGCAACCAUAUUAUCCGACGGGUCGAUCUACAUCUGGACAGCAAAGAGCAGGCAUCGCAACGGCUUGCCAGUGAAAGACAAAUCCGGUUCACCCCUCUACACCUGGAGUCACACACACACAGUCCAGCUACUCAUUCCUCUCAAGAAGAUCACUCCUACUGCCAGCGCCCUCUGUUACUCACUAGAUGGUUCCGUCCUCGCAGUAUCUUCCAACAAGUCAGCCUUCGUUCACUUCGUUGAUCCACUCACCGGCAACGUUCAACACACACAACACGGCUCUCAUCCAGGGCUCUUCUCCUAUCUCACCUUCCUAAACCACCAUCUUAUCACCAUCUCCAAAGACCUGCGCGUCUACAACACUGUAAGCGGUGACUUGCUCUACGCGCUAGCGUUCAACUCCUCUCUCUCCGGCGUGCAUCUAGCAGCAAAUCAGCUCGACCAGACCUUCGCUGUCGUGUGCCUCCUUCCAGCAAUCAUGAGCAAAGAGAAAGAAGACAAGGCUAAGCUUAAGAGCCAGAUCAUGCUCUUCAACCUUAAAUCCGCUAGUCCGAUAUUCAGAAGGAUAGUCGAUGGCACCGUGGAAACCAUCCUCCCUUUACCUAGUGAGAGUGGCUAUCUCAUCAUCAAUGACGAGGCGGAAAUUGUCUACCUCAGACAACCAGGGAGUAGCCUCGCGAAGAGAAACGAUGUAGAGCUACCAGCCCUGGAGGAUGCACCAAAAAGAAUGGACCUGGAGGAGAUUAUAGGAAGGAGAUCCAUCGAAGGAGCUGGACCGGUUGGCCACAUGGUAAGUAGUGCGGAGAAGGAAGAUGACAGCGCACAGAAGAUGCAACCGAUCGGGUAUACCCAUAAAACGCAAUCGUCGCUGUCAGACGUCUUUAACAAUCACGCCACUAAUCUGCCGGUGAGAGAGUUGUUCGAGCAGGUCGUUGCUGUGCUUAGGGGCGGCUCAGAAGCUUAG